GGCAGCACGGCAGAGGCAGGCGGGCGGGUUGGUCUCCCUGUGACGCGCAGCCCCGUCCGGUCCGGUAGGAUGGGACCAGAGCAGUAGCCACACAUCCGAGCACGCCUGACCGCUACAGACUACUUCCUGGACGGGAAGAAUGGGACAUUUCCAGCUCUACUUUUCUCCUCAAACCUCUCACUGACGCCGCGGAUAAUCACUUCAAAAUGACCACGUAGAAUCGAUAGCAUUCGACCACUUUUUCUCCCUCCUCCGCCUCCUGUAGUUAAAGACAACGAUUGAUCGCCGAUCGACUUCGGGAAUGUCGCUAUCUUGGAAGCCCGCAGCUGCAGACACGGAGGAGUCCGACCGCAGAUUUGUUUUCGCGCAGCCGUCGCCUCCUCACCGCUUUAUUCCUCGAAGCUAAAUAAAUAAAAGGCUUAAACGAGUCGUUUUGUGAACGCAGCGACUGUAUCCUGUGACCGUGAACCAUUACUUUGAUGCUCUGGCUUCGCGGCCGCGGUGCCAACUUCGUUCCAGCUUCGCGUCUGUGUGCGCGUGCCGUGCCAUUCUUUAGAGGAGAAGAGGAAGAGACUAACUUAAUCACCCGUUGCCUUCUUGUUGCUCUCCAUGAGUAGUCUAACAUGCGGAAAAUACGGGAACCGAGUUGCUGGUGGAUUUUAUCCCUAAUGUUUUUAACCUUGCCCAAACACAAAGACUGUCAACCCGUUGCAUCAGGUGACCAACCUCGCUUCACUGGAGACAGCCAUCCUGGGAACACGGGCGUAAUGAGGGAGAGGAGGACAGCUGGUGACCCCUACUGGUCCUAUUCAGGGAGCCAUGGACCUCGAGGCUGGGCAACCUUAUACCCGGAGUGUGCUGCAAAGAACCAAUCACCUGUGGAUAUUGUAGAUGAUCAAGCGUUGGUUUCGGAGGAGUACCAGGAGCUGGUGCUGGACAAGUUCAAUGUCGAGUCAUCCAAUCAGACCACCAUGAAAAACACUGGAAAGACAGUGGCUGUGCUCCUAAAGGAUGACUACUUUGUAAGAGGUGCCGGACUGCCAGGGCGCUUUAAGGCUGAGAAGAUGGAGUUUCACUGGGGCCAGAGUAAUGGAUCAGCAGGCUCAGAACACAGCAUCAAUGGCAGAAGGUUCCCUGUAGAGAUGCAGAUCUACCUUUACAACUCCGAUGACUUUGACAGCCUCAGCGUUGCCAUCAAGGAAAGACGCAUCAUCGCCGCCAUGGCCGUCUUCUUUGAGCUUGGACAAAAAGACAACCCAGCUGUGGACCCAAUCAUCCAGGGAUUGAAGGGAGUAGUACAUCACGAAAAAGAGACCAACCUCAGGUCAUUCGUCUUGAGGGAUCUUCUGCCGUCAUCAGUGGACAGUUAUUACCGAUACACCGGCUCUCUGACCACUCCGCCCUGCAGCAAAGUCGUUGAGUGGAUCAUCUUCUCCAGGCCCGUGUAUCUGUCCCACUCACAGCUGGAUGCUUUUUACUCCAUCUUUACAACGGAGCAGCAGGACCAUGUCAAAUCCGUUGAGUACCUGAGGAACAACUUCAGGCCCCUGCAGAACCUGAACAAUAGGGAGAUUUUCAAGUCGGCAGUAAAAGAUGCAUGGCAGAAAGAUUUGACCGAGAUAUUAGGAAACCCUCACAGCACCGAGGCCUCGAGAGUGUGCAGCAGCGCCCCGGUGAGCAUGAAGAUCCAGCCGCUGAACCAGACGGCAUUGAUCGUGAGCUGGGAACGCCCUCUGACCAUCUACCACCCCCCCAUCACCAGUUACAUGGUCUCUUACAGCUGGGUGAAGCGGGACGUCGCGGAUGAGAAGACCUUCUCUAAGACCGGAGACCAGAGCAUGAAAGCCAUCAUUAGUAACGUGUCUCCUGACCUCCUCUACCUGUUCAGAGUGCAGGCUGUGUGUCAGCAUGACCUGCGCAGCGACUUCAGCCAGACGCUGCUGUUCAGAGCAAAUACAACAAGGAUAUUUGAAGGGUCUCGGAUUGUGAAGACGGGGAUGCCAACUAUCUCUCCAGCUUCUUCUGCGGACAUGGCUCCCAUCAGCUCCGGUUCCUCCACUUGGACGUCGUCAGGAAUCCACUUCUCGCUCGUCUCCAUGGCGACCGGGAUGGGCCCGUCCUCCAGUGGCAGCCAGGCCACGGUGGCAUCGGUGGUGACGAGCACUUUGCUGGCAGGCCUGGGCGUGGGUGGAGGGGUGAUCUCCUCUUUGCCCAGUUCCGCCUGGCCCACUCAGGCUCCCCGUGCCAAUCAGAACCCGACGCCUCCAUCCACCGCGCCCGCAAAGCCCAGCACGGAGCAGACGGCGGCUCAGGGAACUGAAACGGACAAGCAGUCUGAAGACAAAGAGGAUGCGAGUCAGGGUGACGAGGAUGAGAAUGAGGACAAGGGAGAGGGCGAGGAGAAGGAAGAGAAGGAAAACAAGAAAAAGGGCAAGAACUCACCUGACGAUAGGGAGAAACAAGCAAACAGCACUGAGUCCAAGGAGCCUUUAAUCCCUACCCCCGCAUCCACAGCCAAAGAGAAAGGAGAGAGCAAACCGACAGUGAAAGGCAGCGCCGUCCCUGCAAGCACCGAUGACGAGCAUUUGAUCAACAAGCAGAAGAGUCCCACACAGGUCAACGCCGUCUCCACUCAGGAGCCCCGUAACGACAGCGCUGUGAUGCAGAUUCCCCAGAACUCCACGCCAUCUCCCAAGAAUAAUGAUGGAAACAAUCUCUGGCCUUUCUCUGUCCAUACUGACCGAACCAUCUUGUCCAGCACGGCGCGGACCCCUCACCCAGGAAUGGGCCGGAUGGUGUGGAUCGUUCCCCUAGUGGUGGUGUCUGCUCUCACCCUGCUGUGCCUCAUCAUGCUGCUGAUCGUGAUGGUCUACUGGAGGAGGUUUUUCCAGACGGCUCAUUUCUAUGUGGAGGAGAGCAGCUCUCCACGGGUGGUGGCCAAUGAGAACAUCCCAAUCAUCCCCAUACCAGAUGACAUGGACGCCAUCCCCGUCAAGCACUUUGUCAAACACAUCAUGGAGCUCUACAAAAACAACAUGCAAGGCUUUGCUGAAGAGUUCGAGGACGUCCAGCGCUCCACCGUCGACUUAAAAAUCACAGCAGAGCAUUCCAAUCAUCCUGACAACAAGCACAAAAACAGAUACAUCAACAUCGUGGCCUAUGACCACAGCAGGGUGAAAUUACGAGCUCUGCCGGGGAAAGAUGCCAAACAUUCGGAUUACAUCAAUGCCAACUACGUGGAUGGCUACAACCAUCCCAGAGCUUACAUCGCCGCCCAGGGUCCCCUCAAGUCCACGUUCGAGGACUUCUGGAGGAUGGUGUGGGAGCAGAAUACUGGAAUCAUCGUCAUGAUUACCAACCUGGUGGAGAAAGGAAGGAGGAAAUGCGACCAGUACUGGCCGAUGGAGAACAGCGAGCAGUAUGGAAACAUCGUGGUGACGCUGAAAAGCACCAAAGUGCACGCCUGCUACACGCUGCGCCAUUUUCUUAUACGGAACACGAAAGUUAAAAAGGGUCAGAAAGGGAACCCGAAGGGGAGGCUAAAUGAGCGCAUUGUGAUCCAGUAUCACUACACUCAGUGGCCUGACAUGGGAGUACCCGAGUACACACUUCCUGUCCUCACCUUCAUCAGCCGCUCCUCCGCGGCUCGGACCGUGAACACGGGCCCGGUUCUGGUCCACUGCAGUGCAGGGGUUGGACGCACGGGAACGUACAUAGUCAUCGACAGCAUGCUGCAACAGAUCAAGGACAAAAGCACAGUCAGCGUCCUGGAUUUUCUCAAACACAUACGCACACAACGCAACUACCUUGUCCAGACGGAGGAGCAGUAUGUUUUCAUCCACGAUGCUCUGAUGGAGGCUAUCCUCAGCAGAGAGACCGAGGUGCCCGCCCUGAAGCUGCACAGCUACGUCAACAGCAUCCUCACGCCCAACUCCACCGGCCGAACGCGGCUGGAGAAGCAGUUCAGGCUGCUGAGUCAGUGCAACACGCGCUUCGUCGAGUGCUUCAGCGCGCACAAAGACUGCAACAAGGAGAAGAACCGCAACUCCUCCGUGGUUCCUUCGGAGCGAGCGAGGGUUGGACUCACCACUCUGCCAGGCAUGAAGGGAACAGAUUACAUUAAUGCAUCCUACAUAAUGGGCUACUACAGGAGUAAUGAGUUCAUCAUUACCCAGCAUCCUUUGCCCCACACCACCACAGACUUCUGGAGGAUGAUUUGGGACCACAACGCUCAGAUUAUUGUCAUGUUGCCUGACAACCAGGGUCUGGCUGAGGAUGAAUUUGUUUACUGGCCAAGUCGGGAAGAGGCCAUGAAUUGCAUCGCCUUUACCGUCACUCUCAUCAGUAAGGACAGACUGUGUCUCUCCAACGAGGAGCAGAUCAUCAUCCACGACUUCAUCUUAGAGGCCACGCAGGAUGAUUACGUCCUGGAGGUGAGACACUUCCAGUGCCCUAAAUGGCCCAACCCUGAUGCGCCUCUCAGCAGCACCUUCGAGCUCAUCAGAGUCAUCAAAGAGGAGGCCAUGACCCGGGAUGGCCCCACCAUCGUGCACGACGAGUACGGAGCGGUGUCGGCGGGGAUGCUCUGCGCCCUCACCACGCUGUCCCAGCAGCUGGAGAGUGAGGGAGUCGUCGACAUCUAUCAGGUGGCCAAGAUGAUCAACCUCAUGAGGCCGGGAGUCUUCACUGAUAUCGAGCAGUACCAGUACCUUUACAAAGCCAUGCUCAGCCUGGUGAGUAACACAGAGAGCAGCCUGGGUCCCAUUCUCAUGGACACUAACGGGACGGUGGUGAUGGCGGAUGAGUCGGACCCUGCAGAGAGCAUGGAGUCGCUCGUCUGAGGACAUUAACGCAGGCCCUUAAUUUGUAAAAAAAAAAAAAAAAAAAUCAAAAAAAAAAUCCAAGAACUUUUCUGAGGCCUUUUUGCCAGACUAUUGAUUAAACGAAUAACCUUAUUACUUUUUUAUACUGAUAAAAAGGUUUUUUGAUAUUUAUGUUUUUGUCCUUUAUUUUAUGACGAUUAUGUUUUCAUUUUUGUCUUUAAAUGUUCUCCUGCUGAGCGUUUGCACCUGUUUAAGUUGACAUGAGGGAAAAGCAGCUCUGUCCACUUUGCACUAUGAUAUCAGUGUUACUGCCUAUUUUACCCAGUGAGUGAAAAACGGUCUCCACCCGUUAAAUUUCUGCUCCGCCACCAAACCUGACUGACCGGAGGAGGAAGAGGAGGGCUGGACCGCAUCGAGCCUGAAGCGUGAAGACCAGGGACGACCUGAGGCGAUCCACUUACGACAAAAACACUCCUUCACAUCGUAACGUAGGCCAGCAUGUAUUUUGUCCACGAGAUUUUGACACAGAGACUCAUAGCUGCUUCUACAUUAAUGUCCCAAUAUCUCACUGCUGUCUUGUAAAAUGUACUUAUGGCUUAUUUUUGUCUUACAACUCCUAAUGUGAACAUUUAUUGCUUUUUACAGGGAUUUAUAACGUUGUAUUGUUUUGUAAUAUAUAUACAUAUCUAUAUAUAUUAUAUCCUUAAUAGCCCGCUGUUAUUAUUCAGAUUAUUUUGGUUCUGUUCCGUACUACUAGACUGAUCUUCUGGGAGAUCUUCCCAUCGUUCCAUCAUGUUUAUGUUCUAUUGUUGCUUCUCUAACCUCAGCAGUCACGGCUCAGCUUUUAACACGUGCAUCGACACAACACGAUGCCUACAACACUAAAGGAUUCGCCCUGCACAAGGUUUUUCAUGUUUUAUUGCAACAAAACAAAAAUGUUCAGUGGGGCCCUAUAAAAUCCAUUUCAUGUUUUAGUUUCUUAGUUUUCCCUCAAAUUUGUGUUUUUAAUUUUUUAAUUUUUUUUUUUUAAUGAACAAAUGAAGUUUCCAGAAACAAAAAAAUGGAUUCCAUAGGGGUCUACAAAAUGUGUCUAUUAAAUGGAUGUUUUGGCGCUGAUCAACAUUCAUCAUGGUUUAAUAUCAAGGUGAAAAGAACUUUUGAACCUCCUGUCGUCCCCGUGCCCCCCCCCCCCCCCCCCCCCCCACACACACACACACACACACACACCCUCCCACGUGUGAAAUGCUGCUGCUGUGACUAACCUGUAAGUCUUUUAGAGGAACUUGCCUUUUUAUUCUUGAUUCCAACUUUGCCACUUUUCUUGAGCGUUUUAAUUUUGUAAGAAAACUCCCGCGGACACACUGCUGCGGCUCCUGCAGCAGCAGUUUUCCUGCAGGAUCUCUUUAUAUUUUACUAGAUUUUACUGAAGAGGAGCAUCUUCACCUGCCCUCCUUGUGAAGAUGCUAUUCAGUGCCUUGGAAAUAUUCGUCAUUCUUCUCUGAUUGGUUGUUUUAGUCAAAAUGUCGCUGUAUUAUUAUUAUUAUUCAUCUGUUUUCAUGUUUUCUAGCCAGAAAAUUAACUCCUACAUUAAUUCUCUAGUAAAUCCAAUCAGUGAUCAUUUAGAUCUCACUAUGAAUAAAUGACAUUUUUAGCAUUUAAUGUUUAUUUCCCAUGAAUGUUCAUUCAUUUCUGCAUUUUUUCACCUUGACACAAACUUCUGCUGAUCAGUGUCCGCUAACAAAAGACUCUGUGAAUAAAUAAAACAUGAAAAAAGUUCAAAGGAGGUGAAAACUUUCUGUAGAGACACUGUAAUUUCUUUUGGUGGGUUGAUGCUUUAUUUGUAACCAAAGAUGUGGUUCCAGUUUGCAACAAUGUAAGUGGUUUUGUCCUGAGAUCUAUUUAAUCAACCAGAAUUUUCAAAUCAAACCUGUUGAAGCGUGCAGUACAGAUUUCCAGUGUCCAAGGUGUGAAUUUAACCCAGAGUUAGCAUGUUUCUGUUCGAGCCUCAGGAACUCGCCUUCCAGAUGAUCUUACUUUGUGAUGCUUUUCUUUUCCUCUCACUAGAACUAAGAGGUUAACAAAUUCAGACUGUAAAUUGUAUUUUAUCUGGGCUGAAAUUCCGUCUCUGCGUUACUUUGUGGCUAUAAUUAUAAUCCCUUUUCAACCCUGAA